CCACUAUCCAGUUUCCAGGGUAUCCGGUGUCGGGGUCUGGUUAUUUAUUUAUAUAAAUUGUACCACUGAGUGAAUGCGCAAUUUACCGGUAGCUUUUGCUGUCGUCGUUUGUUAAUUAAUUAAUUAAUUAAUUUUAUUUAUAAUUAGUAUUCAUUUUAUUUAAAAUAAUUUAAAUAAAAUGGCUGUUAUUCGCGAUGAUUUACUGAAAGAAUUUGGAUUCUGGAGUUCGGUUCUUGUUUUGAAAAUACUGAUGAUGGCUGUUCUUACUGCACGUCAACGAUUUUCUAAAAAGGUGUUUGCUAAUGCAGAAGACCUUCCAGACAAGUCAGCAAAAGUAUCCACUGGUGAUCCCGAUGUUGAACGAGUACGCCGGGCACAUUUGAACGACCUGGAGAAUAUUCUUCCCUGGUUUGUUAUCACACUGGUUUGGCUGUCAACUGGACCCUCAAAUUUCCUCGCCAUGGUUCUAAUCAGAACCUUCGCUAUCUCUAGAAUUAUUCAUACCAUAGCCUACGCUAUUUUUGCUGCCCAACCAUACAGAGCGAUCGCAUGGUUCGUUGGCUACGGCAUCACCAUUUAUCAAACCAUCUCCGCAAUGAUUUAUUACUUUUAAUUUUUUAUUUUAUUGGUCCACAUUCAGCAGAAAAAUAUAUUUUAGGGACCAGCAAUAAUAUUAAUUCUUAAGUACAAUAACAUUCUAGUAGUAAAUGAUUUUUUCCCUCAGGGUAGCAAAGAGAACAUAUAUAUAUAUAGAUUACAAAUUUAUAAAUGUUGAUUCAUUAUAAAAUAUUUUUAAUCGUAAAUUCCAAUCAAAUUUUUAUUUUUAGAUAAAGUCAAUAUUUUUAUACACUUAGAAAAUAUUGAUUAAUUUUUAUACUUAGUAAUGUAAACAUCUGAUGACAUCUUGCGAUAAAAUAAAAAUGAUAAAUAAA